AUGAUAUUUGACAAUAAAUAUCCGGAGUUAGAAAGAAGAGGUGAAUCAUUGGACUUGAAGUCUUUGGGUUCUAAUACUUUUGGCCUCAUGAAACAAAACACAAGGGUACGGAAUUCGUAUUUCAAGGAAAAAAGCUCCUUAGACAAUGAAGAUGAUGAAGAUUAUGUUAUUACCUCUUCUAAGCAUGAAGAAGACCUUGUUCCUCCCGUUGCAAUUAUUGCCGAGGAACAUGUAGCGAUGACAAAUGUGGAGGUAAAUGAUGAUGAGAAUGAUGAUGAAGAUGAAGAUGUGAUGAAUAUAGGGGAUGAUGUGCUUGACUUUGAUGAUGAUGAGGAUGAUGAUGCAGCUAAUAUGGAUCAAGGUGGUGAUUUAUCCGGAUUUGAUGAUGAUGAAUUAGCCUUUGACUUCGAGCAGGGUGAUGAUUUAUGUGACGACCCGUAA